UCGAAGCGUUUAUAUUUGUACUUUGUCUUCAGUCGAGAGAUACACAACCGUCUCUUCUCUAGCUCUUCUCUGUAUCGCUAUGGAGGAUAAGAACGCGUCAGGAAACACCACAGCGGUGGAGAACACGGCAGCCGGAUCGCCGCCGGCGAAGAAGGCCGCCAAGUCCAAGGCGGCGAAGACCCAGCGCCCGAAGUCGUCGCACCCGUCGACGGCCAAGAUGGUCACGACCGCUAUCAAGGAGCUGAAGGACCGCAAGGGCUCGUCGGUGCAGGCGAUCAAGAAGUACAUCGCCUCGACGUACAAGGUCGACGGCGAGAAGUUCGCGCCGUUCAUCAAGAGAUACCUGAAGGCCGCGGUGACGUCGGGCGCCGUCGUCCAGACCAAGGGUAAAGGCGCGUCCGGCUCGUUCAAGCUGGCGACGGAGGACAAGGAGAAGCGCUCCACUAAGAAGUCGAUUACCACGAAAAAGACCACACCGAAGAAGAAGGCCGCGGUGACGAAGAAGGCACCGGCGGAGAAGAAACCGGCGGCGGCCAAGAAGACCCAGGCCGAGAAGAAGCCGGCAGCGGCGAAGAAGACCGCCAAAACAGCGGCGGCGAAGAAGGUCGAAGCCGCGGCGAAGCAGAAAGCGGCUGCGCAAGUGAAGAACCUGUCCAAGACCAAGAAGGCCACCAAAGCGCCGGCCGCCAAGACCAGGACUCCGAAGCCGAAGACCGCCAAAGCCGCCCCGAAGACCUCAAAGGCAGCGAAAAAAUAAUUUUUCUGACACAGAUACACAAUUGGCCCUUUUCAGGGCCCCAUAUCUCUCACACGUUGAAUUACCUACCUCGCAGUCGCAAUUUUUCUUCUUUUCAGCAUUUUUCGUCCCUAGGAUAUCGUGAUCUCGAAAGAGAAAAGGGAUCGAAGUUAAUUUCACUUGAGAUCCUCAAACAGGAAGGAAAC